UUUUCCUAUAAAAACCUGAAAAGGAGGCUCAUUCCUGUGGCAUUAUCCUCCCUCUCUUCCCUUUCUUGGUCUGUUUUCGCAACUCCAUUAGCAAACUUAACAGGGCACUAGAGAGAAAAGAAAAAGCAGCACAUUCUAUAGCUUUAUCUCUCUCUCUCUCUCUCUCUCUCUGCCUCUGGGUUUGCUCUGUUUUUCCACCUGCUUUUUGGCUAGCUUUCUUCUUCUCCUUCCAUCUUUUUUUUGCUUUCUCGGCAAACAACAAACAGGAGUCAGCUUUCUAGCUCGUCCUGGUGGGUUACAUUGAGUUGUAAGCAAGGCAUUUCCAUUUUUUUUGGGCGGGAGGAAUGGAGAAAAGGGCGGGAAGACAAUAUCGUUGCUCUGCGUGGCGGCGGCGGAACCUGCCCAUCCUCUUCCUCUUCUUCUUCUUCUUCUUCCUUGUCUUCUCCGGUGCUGCUUCGGCCGCCGGGAAUGGGAAGACUCAUGCCAGGAGAAUUAAUCCAGGAAGAAACAGCAGCAGGAGCAAUUCAGGUUUUGGGGUUCAGUUAGUUCGCAGAGGAGAUCCGCAACGGGUAACCAUCGAUAAUGGGAUAGUUGCAGUAACAUUUUCCAGUCCAGACGGCGACGUGAUUGGGAUCAAAUACAAAGGCAUUGAUAAUGUCCUCGAAACCCUUAAUGACGACGAUAAUCGAGGGUACUGGGAUGUCGUGUGGAGCAAGCCUGGAGAUCAGCGUGGUCCAUUUGACAAGGUAAUCAGAUUGCGAGCCACAGAUUUCAGGGUGGUAAUGCAAGAUGACGAACAAAUUGAAGUCUCAUUCACCAAGAAAUGGGAGCCUUCCGACGCCACUGUUCCGCUCAAUAUCGACAAAAGGUACAUAUUGCGAAGGGGAAGCUCUGGGAUUUACAUGUACGCAGUUCUGGAACGCCUGGAAGGAUGGCCGGAUGUUGACAUGGACCAAAUCAGAGUGGUCUUCAAGCUCCAGCAAAAGCUGUUUCAUUUCAUGGCGAUAUCAGAUGACAGGCAAAGGGUGAUGCCACUGGCAAAGGAUCGUAUCACUGGCCGCCCUCUGGCCUACCCUGAAGCUGUUCUCUUGACCCAUCCCAGCAAUCCUGAGUUUAGAGGCGAGGUGGAUGACAAGUACCAGUACUCGUGUGAGGACAAGGACAACAAGGUUCAUGGAUGGAUAUCAGAGGAACCUGCAGUGGGAUUCUGGAUGAUCACCCCCAGUGACGAGUUUCGUGUUGGAGGGCCAAUCAAACAAGAUCUUACCUCGCAUGUUGGCCCGAUCGUUCUCAAUAUGUUCACUAGUACGCAUUAUACUGGGAAGGACUUGAACACUGCAUAUAGAAAUGGGGAGCCUUGGAAAAAGGUUCUUGGACCUGUUUUUGUUUACCUGAAUUCAGGAGAUACUUCAACACUUUGGCGAGAUGCUAAAGAACAGAUGCACACUGAGGUAAAGAGCUGGCCAUAUGAAUUUGUUAACUCAGAAGAUUACCCAGCAGCGCAUCAACGAGGAAGCGUCGUUGGCCAAUUAAUACUCAGGGACAGGUAUAUCAACGAGAGGUUGAUGUAUGCGGGGUCUGCAUAUGUUGGGCUAGCCAUUCCUGGAGAUGUAGGAUCAUGGCAAAGAGAUGCCAAGGGUUAUCAGUUCUGGACUCAAGCAGACAGGAAAGGUAGGUUCUUUAUAGACAACAUCAGAGUUGGGACUUACAAUCUGUAUGCUUGGGUUCCUGGAAUAAUGGGGGACUAUAAGUACAGUGUUAACAUUACUAUUCAGCCAGGUAAAGAUCGAAGAUGGACUUGGGUAUGCUUGUGUAUGAUCCACCAAGGAAUGGCCCAACUCUGUGGGAAAUAGGCAUUCCUGACAGAACAGCUGCAGAAUUCCAUGUUCCAGAGGCAUACCCUACACUAAUGAAUAAAUUGUACACCAAUCACCCAACUGACAGCUUCAGGCAAUAUGGAUUGUGGUCACGAUACACUGAUACAUAUCCCAGGCAAGAUCUAGUUUAUGAUGUUGGUGUCAGCAACUUUUUUGAAGAUUGGUUCUUCGCUCAUGUUGUAAGAAGCGCAGGGAACAACACUUUUCGGGCAACCACUUGGAGGAUUAACUUUGAUCUACCGACCGUGGACAAAAGCAAAGGAGAUUACACAUUUCAAUUGGCCUUGGCUUCAGCAGCUGAAGCAGAGCUACAUGUUCGAUUCAAUGACCUAAAUGCACCAGAACCUUUGUUCUCGACGGGGCUAAUAGGAAAGGACAAUGCCAUUGCCAGACAUGGAAUCCAUGGAUUAUACUGGUUGUACAGCAUCAGUGUACCCAACAACCAACUUGUUGAUGGGAGGAACUCAAUUUAUCUCACUCAAACAAGAACUCAUGGCGCCUUUUACGGUGUUAUGUAUGAUUACAUUCGAUUGGAAGGACCAAGAGGAACUUAGUUUACUCUGCAGAAUAGACUUCUAUUUGCUCAUAGUCUCGGAUUAAAGUUAGUAUUUAGUUACCACUUACCACUUACCUGUUACUAUAUGUUUACAUAUUAGUUAUAGAAUGAAAGGAGGUUUAUUGAUUGAACUACCUCUCCGAAAAUCAUUGGUCCACUAGUGCAUGCCGCUAGUGAUUCUGCAACUUGAUUUGCCUGUCGUAAAAAUAAAUGAACUAGCCACUGAUUCUAUGUAAAAUAGGGGUCGCAUUUACCUGCUAGGUAACUAUGAUCAUAUAUCAUCAGGGUC